CCGGGGAAGGGCCGGGGCGCAGGCGGGCUGGCGGGGGGAGCGCUGGCGGCUUCCAGUGUCUGCUUUCCGAGAAGCAGAGUUUCUGUGGUACCGCGUGAAAAGCUUGCAAGGUGGGAGGGGAAUGGCUGCGCCGUUCCCGAGCUGGAAACUUCGGGGCUCCUCGGUGUUUCCUCAGGAGGGUCCCUCCCGCCCGGCGGCCGGCGCUGUCUGACGGGGAGCGGGGAGCGGGGACGGGCAGCAGCGCCCGCAGCUCCGCGGCGUGGGGACGGCGCCUUCGUACGAAACACGGAGCGCUGCCCGGCGUAAAUGGUGCUCCACAUGCUGGCGAGGAUGCGGUGUUCCUGAGGGUUGCUGGGGAAGGGUGGCGAGGUCCCAGGGACGGAGGAGGUGGGAGGGAUGCAUCGCUCCCCUCCCGCCCUGGCGGCCGCCUGGCUGCCCCGUGAGCGGCCGUGGCGGGGUGCAGUGAGCCUUUUCCUUCCCCGAAAGCCGCAGCGGAGAUCCCAAGCCAGGCGCGGAGUCAAGCGGCUCUCGCUUAGGCCCCGGAGCUUUGCCCACCUAACGCGAAAGAAGCUGGAAGAGAAGGAGGCGGGAGCGGUUCGCAGGGCAGGAUGGUGUCCCGUGGCCUGGCCGUGAUUCCAUCAGUUCCGUGAUUCCAUCAGCUGCAGCUUUCCGUGUAGGAUUCACUGCUGGUUGAAUGUGAAAAUAGUAAAUGACAGUAAAAUAGCAGUUCCAUGUUUAUAGACAACAGUAAAGUGCCCCUCCUCCUCUGUCUCUUAACAAAAAAAAAAAAAUCCCCCAAGAUUUCUCUGGUUGGAGAAAGUUUCUUUGCUUUCUAGUAGUGGCUCCUUAUUAUUUAUUGAUCUUUUCCCACCGGGAAGGAGUUACAAGGAAGUCACAUAAAGUCUUCCUGACAGGGGCUUCUUAAUGCAUCCAAACACUAUAUAUAAAGUUAUACUUCUAUAUAGAGGAAUCUGCUAAGAUAUAUAGGAACAAAACCUGUGAGGGAUGUGAAUAUUUCUGUCAAAGCCUGUGCCUUUUAAAGAAAAGCUUGUCAUUUUACCAGAUGGAGGCAGAAAUAAUCUCUUCUGUGUUCUUUUAUAUCUGUUGCUCUUCAAAUAACUAGGGAUGCUUACAAAAGCUUAUGAUACAGUCAAAAGAGAGGGAGAGAGUGGAAGGAGGAAAAAGCACUGAAAGAUGCUGAUCUGUGGGACCCCAGAGCAAUGCAAGAGCAUGGGUUGUAAUGGAUCUACAGGAACAUGAUGUUAACAAAUGGCUCCCUGGGCAUUUAUUGACAUGUGUAGCAUCACUGAUGAUAGUUAGACAUUGUGAAGUGGGGCGUGAUGAAUAUGCUUUAAUGCACACAAACAGAAUAAUUUAAGAUCUGCACAGGGAGUCGGUACAAGCUCUACCAAUGCACCAUUUUUGCUAUAAUAAUAAAAGGCUAUUUUUUAGUACCUUUGGGAAUACAUUGCAUGGCUUCUCAUCAAACAUGCAGACUUUUUGUGUAGCAUAUGUGCCCACUUGCCUCUGAUCUCUGCAUGUUUUUACUGUUCUUGAACUAAGUAAAAUAGCUGAAGUUCUUUUAAAUGUGAGAGCUGCUGUGUGGAAAUAGGUGUUUUAUUCACUUAUUAUAGUCAAAGACUGACCGCUGUUGCAUGCAUGACAUAAGAUGUGGAAAAUCAAUCCCUUUUCUGUCUCGCACAAUGAUAGCAAAAAAUUGAAUCUAUGCUGGCCUGACAGAGUCCAGAUUACCAAGCCUACCAAAAUUUCCAGUUCUCCUCUUGCUGUAAUGACUCUGUAGUGAGUAACUGGCACUGUACAAUAGCUUUUCUCAGGAAACAAAUCUGACUUGGAGACACAAAGGGCAUAGGGCUCCAUUUCAGGUGAAAUGGAGCAUCCUUUUCACACAGCCACCUCUGGAACAGUGAUCGUCUUUUGAAUGCUACAGACAGAAGGCUGUGCUAGUGGGGACUCUGCUAGCUCUGGGCUGGCACUCAGGUUUGUGUGUUUCACUCUUGUCCUGCCACAGCUGGCUACUAGGUGCUGUGUAAAUCCUGAAGAUAAUCCAGCUGCUGGCUGCAGAUAACGAGGUAAUAGCAGAGGACUUUAUUUCACAGGCAAUUUAGAGGAACAGUUCUUGUCAGAAUAGCAAGACUGCAGAAGAAGUAGUAUUGACUGAAUUUUCAGCUCUUCAUAAAUGUUCUAGAUUGGUCUCAAAUUAGUUACUUUAAGGGACAGUUGUUAAUUAAUUUGCUCCUUGGAUUGUCUUUACUGUGUCAGUCUGCACAGUCUCCUUUGGAGCAGUCAGCUCAAUAAGGACUCAAUUCCUUAGCUGACCCAAAAGUAGAAAUGUUUUUAGCUGUUCUGUAAGACCCUUCAACUCCUUUAUCUACAGCAUUUACCUUUGACAAGACCUUGCAAUGAAUUUUGCAAGACUUUGCAAUAAACCAGCGUAUUCUUUGCUGCCAGGGGUCUUGCAGCACUGGAAGUGGAACAGGCAUCACAGUUUUGUUAGAAGAAAGAGCUAGGAGAUCUUGGUAAAAAGAGGAUGUGAGCAGGGCAGGGCCAGGGAAAGUAGAAAUGUAUAUAUGCUUGCACAAUGCUGAGAGUAGAGGGAACUCAAAGGAAACACGAGAUAGAAGUGCCAGUGCCUUCGUGCAGAAGGCAUCGGCGCCACUGCAGCUUAUUGACAUGGAUUGUACAAAACCUUGCUGGAAGUACUGAUGCUUUUACUGUACCUCUUAGUAUGACAAAUUUCAUUUCCCUUUUUCAUUUCCCUCCUUAUUCCUGGCCUGAUCCCCAUCUUGCUUCCUCUUUUUAUUCUCAGUUGCACAGGUUUAUGAUAGCAUUGAUUGCCACACUUGCUGUUGCUUCUCGCAUUGCUUCCAUCCCCACCAGCAUUUCAUUUGGCCAAGACCCUGUCUUCCAUUUCUUCUUGGCUUUUACAGCUGGUGGGUAGGUAUUCUGCUCUCGGGUUCUUUUUAAUUCCUUCUAGUCUGUUUCCUGCCUUCUUCACCUGAUGGACUUUGCUGUCCUCAAAAUGGCUAACUGCAUUUCCUCUCCAACAUCACUGGCAGCCUCUUCAGCUUGGUGAUGUGAACGACAGAUCUCCUGUUUGCUUGAAGUUAAAUCCGAGCUAACCUGUCACUGCAAAUGGACAGUUUGUCAAAGAUGAAGCUUGGUGGAGCAGCUUCUUGGUGUCUCAACAAUGGAAGGCCAACUUUGUGCUAAUGUGGACAUUUCUGUGAAAAACCCUCCAGGAGCAAGCCCUCAGUCCUUCAUUGCUUUGCUGAAGGUUCACCGAGAGCUUCUGGUCGGUAGGAUCCGAAACACGCAGUGCUUGAUUGAUAACUUGAUGAAGAAUGACUACUUCUCCACUGAGGAUGCAGAGAUCGUUGUCCAGUUUCCUACUCAAGCAGAUAAGGUUCGCAAAAUUCUAGACUUGGUUCAAAGCAAGGGAGAAGAAGUUUCGGAAUAUUUCGUCUAUGUCCUGCAGAAAGUCACUGAUGCUUACUACGAGCUUCAGCCUUGGCUGGAUGAAAUAGGUUAUGAGCCUUCAGAGAAUAUUUGUAGUAAACCUGUGGUAAAUACAGAUCCAGUUAGCAGGUAUUGCCAGAAACUCAGACAUGAACUGGGACGGGAUUCCAAGUUUUUCGUGUUGUACGCUCAGAAGGAGGAGAUGCUGCUUGAAGAAAUCUACUCCAACAGUAUUAUGGAGCUGGUCAGUUUUACCAAUGAGAGUCUUGGCCAGGUGGGUCAAUUAGAAGCCCUUUUUGAUGAUGCAGCUGGGCUAAUUAAUGAAGAUGGAGAGACCGUCUAUGUCUACGGUGAUGCAGGAAUUGGAAAAUCCAUCUUACUGCAAAAGAUACAAAGCCUUUGGGCCAGGAAGGAAUUGGACAUAGGGGCCAAGUUUUUCUUCCAUUUUCGGUGUAGGAUGUUUAGCUGCUUCAAGGAAGACGAAGCCAUAUGUUUGAAAGACCUGCUCUUCAAAUAUAAUUGCUACCCAGACCAGGACCCCGCAGAAGUGUUCCAUCACAUCUUGCAGUUCCCUCAUACAGUUCUUUUCACUUUUGAUGGCUUUGAUGAGAUCUAUUCCAACUUUGAUCUCAGCAGCGUACCUGAGGUAUGCUCACCCAAUGAACCCAUCCACCCCCUGGCACUGCUCGUAAGCCUUCUCAGAGGAAAGCUUCUUAAGGGAUCCAAGAAAAUUCUUACCGCCAGGACAGGAACUGAGAUCCAAAAAAACAUCAUUAGGAAGAAAGUGCUGCUCCGCGGUUUCUCCAGGAACAACCUGAAGGAAUACACAGCUAUGUUUUUCAAAGAUGAGCGGCAGCGAGCACUGGUGUCAAACCAGUUGGAAGCUAACCCGAAUCUCUGCAGUUUGUGUUCAGUGCCUUUAUUUUGCUGGAUUAUCUUUAAAUGCUUUGAGCACUUCCACUCCAUGUUUGACAGCCACGAGCUUCCAGACAGUUCUGUUACAUUAACAGAUGUAUUUUUGCUCAUGAUUGAAGUCCACCUGAACCGAUCUGUGAAAACAAGUUUGCUGAAGAGCAAUAUCAGGAGCCAAGCAGAGGUGUUCAAAUCAAGAAAGGAAAGUCUUCUAGCUUUGGGUAAAAUGGCAUACAAAGGGAUGGAGAACUCUUCCUUCAUCUUUGAGCAGGAGGAAGUCUCAUCGGCAAACAUCUCUGAAGAAGAUUUGCAGUUGGGCUUUCUCAGGACAGUUAAAGGUUACAGUGGCUGUGACAGUCAGGCCACUUAUGAGUUCUUGCACUUAACCCUUCAGUCUUUUUUCACAGCUUUGUUUUUGGUUAUGGAGGAGAAGGUGGGUACCAAGGAGUUACUUGAGUUUUUCAAUGAAUGUUCUUCCAUGGAGACUGCCCAGCCUACUUGCCUUCGUAUCCCGUGGUUGAAGAAACAGCUAGCAGGGGAGGAUCCCUUCCAAAAUAAGGAACACUUUAAUUUUACCAACAUGUUUCUUUGUGGCCUGCUUUCUGGAUCCAGGCAGAAGCUCUUCAGGCAUUUAGUUUCGCCUGCGGUCAUUAAGAGGAAGAGAAAAACACUCAUCACGUACCUUGGGGAGAGCAUGAAAUCCCGCCUGAAAGGCUACACUCGGUCCAGGCUGAAAAGCUACAAUCAGGUGCAGAUGCAGCCCAACUUUGUGUGGAUGCUGAGGUGCCUGUACGAGAUGCAGAGUGAGAAGGUGGGGAGGAUGGCAGCCCGCCGCAUGCACGCCAACUACAUCAAGCUGGCCUACUGCAACGCCUGCUCUGCCGACUGCAGCGCCAUUUCCUUUGUGCUGCACCACUUCCAAAAGCACCUGGCUCUGGAUUUGGACAACAACAACAUCAAUGACUAUGGAAUAAAACAGCUGCAACCUUGUUUCAGCAAGCUUGCAGUGAUCAGGCUCAGUGUAAAUCAGGUCACAGAUCACGGAGUAAGGAUCUUGUAUGAAGAACUCUCCAAGUACCAAAUUGUGUCUUUCUUGGGCUUAUACAACAACCAAAUCACUGAUGUUGGAGCCAAAUAUGUUGCAAAAUUAAUUGAAGAGUGUUCAAGCCUGGAAUAUGUUAAAAUAGGAGCAAACAAAAUAACGAGCGAAGGAGGGAAGUGCCUUGCCCAGGCCAUCCAGAAGAGCAAGACAAUGUUUGAAAUUGGGAUGUGGGGUAAUCAAGUUGGAGACGAAGGAGCAAAGGCGUUUGCAGAGGCCCUGAGGAACCACCCCAGGCUAACAAACGUGAGUCUUGCAUUCAAUGGCAUCACCACAGAGGGAGGCAAAAGUAUUGCUGAAGCCAUGCAGCACAACAACUCCGUGAGGAUAUUCUGGUUGACUAAAAAUGAGCUGGAUGAUGAGGCAGCAAUGAGUUUUGCAGAGAUGCUGAAGGUCAACAAGAAACUGGUGCAUUUAUGGCUUAUCCAGAAUCAAAUUACAGCCAAAGGGGUGAAGUGUCUCAGCGAAGCUCUCAAGGAGAACACGACUAUUCAAGAAAUCUGCUUGAAUGGGAACCUGAUAAGCCAAGAGGAGGCCAAAGCUUUUGAAAAUGAAGAGCGGAUCAUUUGCUUUUGAAUGAGGACUUUCCCAUUUUGCCAAGUUGGUGUUAACAAAGGCUACUCCUACACUUGGACUGCAGAGUUUAUAAAGGCAUCAAUCUACAGUGCUCGUGGCAGGAGUGUGAUACACAAUAAGCUGCCUUUUUAUGAACACACUGCACUCCCUCAGCUCCAUCCCUUACCCUGCCUGUUAUUUUUAAUCCUUUUGGUGAGUAGGAAGUUGCCUGGGUAAAUAAUUAAUGUUUGUUUGGUGCUUUGAAGAUGAAAUGCACAGUGUUAACAGACUAAGUUCACUGGCAGGUGUAUGCAUUUUGAUAACUGAGUUUAGAUGUAUUCUGUACAGUGAUGUAAAUAAUCUCUUAACUUAUUUAUAUACGUAAAUAAAGACACACAAGUAUACA